AUGGGUAUUACGAACCUUUUGAAGUGUGUGGGUAUCAAGAACUAUGCGGGAUCCGUGGUUGCCGUUGAUGCCAUGUGCUGGAUUCACCGAGGAAUGAUUUCUUCCGCUGUGGCCAAUGUAACCGGAGAGCCUUGCGAUAAAUAUCUCAAGUUCAUAAUAUCGAUUCUGUCCGUUCUGCUGUCUCACAACAUCACUCCUAUCAUGGUCUUCGACGGCUAUGAGAUGCCUACCAAGGAGCGUGAGAACCAGAGCCGCCGCGUACGCCGGGACAAGGCUAGAGAGGAGGCUCUUGCAAUGAUAAAGAAGAACCGCGGGACUAUAAACACGGAGAUUAUGAGGCGGUGCAUGCAGGCGAUUUCCAUAACUCCGGAGAUAAUCGCCCGGGUCAUGGCCAUCUGCCGUGAGAUGAACGUGCGUGUUCUAGUAGCUCCAUACGAGGCUGACGCUCAGGUUGCUUACCUGUGUCGGGCAGGCAUUGCCCACUGCGCCAUUUCCGAGGACUCGGACCUGCUGGCGUAUGGCUGCCCUCGCGUGUGGUAUAAGCUUGAGCGUGACGGCAAGGCCGAUGAGGUGAACCUGGGGUUCAGCAGUGACCCUGACGUCAAAUGUACCAAGGGCAUGCUUAAGGGCCUAAGCCAUCGCAUGUUCGUCGCCAUGUGCGUUCUAAGCGGGUCUGAUUACGACGACGGCUGCCACAUCAACGGCAUGGGCAUAAAGCUGGCGCACCGUUUCAUUUUGCAGUACGGCAACAUUCCCGCGAUUUUGUCCGAGCUUGAGGAGAAUGCUUCUUGGGCCAAGAAGUUGCCUGCUCACGUGACUCGGCAGCAGUUGGAGGCGCAUUACAUGAACGUGUCGCAAAUUUUCCUGCACAACGUGGUGUACGACCUCCGCAGCGACAAACUGACGCAUGUCACUCCGAUAUCGCAGGGCGAAACCAACAUGGACAUCAUCGUCGACAUCACCCACCGGUUGCGUGAAAAGGAGGUGAACUUCCGUGCCGUCUCCGCGGGCCACGUCAACCCGCGCAACGGCGAGCCGCUGCAGUACACCGUGACUGACAAGGAUCGUGAAUUAACCGAUGGCAUGCGUUUCGCUGACAUUGAGUUUUUGUCGUCCAUUCCAUCCCCCGAUGCGUCGGAGGCCACCACUGACGCGUUGCUGCAAGAAUGUGACUCCGCGUCACCUCAGGUGCACCGUGUUGUGGCAGUUACGGACGUCCCUCAGGAAUCUGCGGCUAGCACAGUUGCGGUGACCAUGGCCACCAUGCUGGUGCCCAGCGGCGGGAGCGAUGUAGUCGAGCGGAUCACUGGCCAUCUGCACACCAACGAAUCGAAUGCUUCCGUCUCCACUUGCGACGAGUAUGAAGACGUAACCUGCUCGCAGAAGUGCAAGCUGCGCGCUUUGAUCGACUCGUCGGAAAAGGUGGUAUCAGUUCGCCCCAAGCGUAGGAUGUCGGCGCGGUUAAACAAAUAA